GAGGGCGAAAUAAAAUUUUCUGGAACCCUUUGCCAUUUAGGAAGCGAUCGUGGAUCGGACGCGGGCGACGGUCACGGACGCAAAAAUGGCGAUGGGCGAGGGCGGAGGCGGAAGUGCGAUGCGAUCGAUGGAAGAAAUAAAGAAGCCGUGAUGUCGCUUCUCAGAUUGUAACAGGAAUUCGAAUUUGCGAUCGCGAUUUCAAGUUCGAUCCACCGCCUCUCUCGAUCGAUCGAUCAGGGGACAGAUGCGGAAAGGGCGAGCUCCGGUGGCAGCCUCGGCGGAGUCCUCCGAGGUGAGGUACCGAGGCGUCCGGAAGCGGCCUUGGGGGCGCUUCGGGGCCGAGAUCCGAGACCCAGUGAAGAAGGCCCGGGUGUGGCUCGGCACCUUCGACACCGCCGAGGACGCCGCCCGGGCGUACGAUGCCGCCGCCAGAGCCUUCCGCGGCCCCGACGCCAAGACUAACUUCCCCGCCUCCGCGUCCCCUCCUCCGCAGACCCUCCUUCCAUUUUCUUCCUCCGCCCCGCGAUUCACCUUCGGCGGUCAUCGUCACCAGUCUCCGCCGCAGCGGGCCGCAUCCAGCAGCCUCAGCAGCACUGUCGAGUCCUUCGGCGGCCCACGGCUUACCCCGCCGGCCUUCCCCCGAGAGUCGCACAUCCGGAGUCAGACCAACCCGCUACCCCCGCGCGUUCUUGAUGGCGAGGAGGAUUGCCACAGUGAUUGCGGUUCGUCGUCCUCGGUCGUCGACAACACGGACGGUGACCUCGCGUCGGCGCAGGAACAGCCAAUGCUCCUGGAUCUCAACAUUUCGCUCGAAGAUGAUCCUUCUUUGAUUACCAGUCCCAAUUCUAAGAAAAGUAAAGAUGAUCUUCACUAAAAAAAGGUCUUCUCCUUUCCUGAACCUAUCUCUGCAUGUUGAUCUCGAUCUUUCUGUUCUAUCUAUGUCGUGUUCUAUUUUUUAGCUAAGAAUUACAAAUGGUUUGGCUUUUGAAUAUUUGGUGAUAUCAAGAACAGUUCGAAGAUAUGCUUGGAUCUACCUCUCUUCCACUUUUUAGCCUCUGUACAAAGAAAAUCUAUUACGUUUAAUGAAUAAGAAAUUGGCGAAAGCUAAAAUAGCUUCCUGCAUUAAUUCA